AUGUCGCUCGCAUCUUGCCCCGUCUCCGGCUCAGCUGGUGGACAAUGUCCCGUCAGCGGAACUUCACGCGCAGGUCAAAUGCGCCGCGGAUGCGCAUUCUCAGGCAUGGCCCAGCCUGGAGACAUUCAUGCCGCAUUUGAUAUUCCCCGUGGUGUUGAUGUUGAAGAUUGGCUUCGCACAAGAGAACAAAAGUCAAUCAACGAAUUGCUCUACACCAGCUACCCGUCCCGAAAAGAGGUCGACGGAGUCAAGACCCAGCAAGAGCUCGACAACAUGAACGCCAACGACCAUCAUUUGCUCGCCGUUGCCCUCGGAGCCCCAGCACGACAAGUAAUGCGACGUGCAGAGGAGAUUGGUCCCCAGACUGGAUGGCGCGAUGGAUACCUCAGUGUUGAACACGGCUUCUGUCCUCCCGACUAUGAGGAACCCGUCAGCGCUCUGGCGAGGUCUCCGGGAAGGAUAUGGUCCGAUCUGUGUGAGCGCAUGCCGGGAUGUUGCGCUCGAGGAAGAGUGAGGGAGGCGGUUGCUGCGUUGCCCCUAGUCGAAGGCACCGAAGAGUUCAUUCCCGACCAAGCUCUUUGGGCCGCGGUCGUGGCUCUCGGUAUGCUCUGCUCCAUCUACCGAUUCGAAGACAAGCACGACGGAAAAGAUGGAGUGGCAAUUCAAACCGGGACAUCAACCAGACCCCAAUGCCCAAUGGGCGAUGACCUCUGCGAGGAACUUGUGGGAAUUCCCCUCUGCAUCGCCCUUCCAUACUUCCAGAUUUCUCGAAGGAUGGGUAGGAUCUUGCCCCAUCUCUCAUUUCCCGACCAGGCUUCAUACAACCUCAAGAUUCGGGACCCCAAGUCCAACUAUCCGUAUCUUGCGAGAUUCGAAAACACAGAUCUCAGAUGGCCAAUGUUUGGGGAAAGGGCCGAGGUGGCAUUUCUCAAGGGAUGCGCCGACACAUCUGCCUCAUUUCAACAUGGCCCAGAUGCAAUCGCCGCUUGUCAAGAGCACGUCAUGACCGGCAAUGUCGAGGGCUUGCUUCACGAGAUGAUCCGUCUCAAGGAAAUUCUCGAGAGAAUGCCCAAUGCCUUUCACAGCAUCUCACCAAAUCCUAACGCGGGAGACAACUAUGUCUCUGCUGAUCGAUGGGUCAGAUGGGGACUCUUUUCUGCGCCCUUGUCUAGGCGAUGCCCGGCGGCAUCUGGUCUUCAGUUCCCUCCAUACCUGAUGAUGGAUGCAUUCUUGGGCCGAAAGACACACACAUCCUUCCUCGGCGUCGAGGCCGUCCAUCUUAGAGCAUGGCUCCCCUCCAACCACCGCGCCUUCAUAGCCGCCAUCCAAUACCACUACUCCAUCCCUGAGUUCGUCCAAAGAUCUGGCGACCCCCGCCUUAUGGGUGUCCUGGAAGGCAUCGUCGAAGCCUAUGCCGGCGAACGUGGCUUCAUGGGAGUCCACAGAUACAAAGUCUUUGGCAUCCUCGAAAUCGCAGGCAAAACAGGACGCACGGCGACAAACGGCCUUUCGGGGGCUGCUGAUGCGACGAGACCUUGGGAGGAGACUCAUCGACAGUUUUCGGAGGCUAUGAAAGAGAGGCUUGAGCCUUUUCGGGGAAAGCUUGAUAUUGAGCCUCAUUCUAUGCGUGGCACUUUUCAGGAGUGUCGGUAUGUGGCCAAAGUGGCUGGUUGCUCUGCCAUCGACAUGGAUCCGAGCCGUUCAACCGCCCUGGUCACUCUUGAUAUCAGAGACACUGGUAUCACUUUCGCUCCCGGAGAUCGUGUGGCAGUGAUGCCUCUGAACAGCUGGGAGGAAUGCGCAAAGAUGGUGGCGGCACUUGGGCUUGAUCAGCACCUCGAGGAGCCAGUUGACACUACAGGCAUGUGGUCGCGCUUCGAGCAACACCUAUCUUCCGUGAAAAGAAGUUCUCACAGGCAACUGACCGUCAUCGACAUUCUUCGACGUGGCCAUCUCGCUCCCAUCACCAAAGAACUUGCUGUCAAGGUGCAUGAGCUGCUGCAUGCCUCGUCCAAUACGGUAUUGCAAGUUCUAGCGACUGAGGAGUGGCCUGUUGGAGGUUCUCUGGGUGACCUCCUCCAGAAAGCCAUCACAGACACGCCGCCUCAAAUCUGGGACAAGGCCUUCAGUCUCGACAACCUGGACUGGCUGCCUGAGCUGGUGCAGCUCGAAGUUCCUCGCACCUACUCCAUCUCCAGCCACACCAACGAGUUGCUCCCCAACACAGUUGACUUGACCAUUUCUCGCGCUGAGUACAAACUGGGCUCCAUGUUCUCUCAAGGGCAGCACAUUACUCGGGCUGGUGUUUCGAGUGGCUUCUUCAACCCGCACCCAUCAUCAGCUGAGAGCUCAAUCUUGUCAGAUGACGUUCUACUUGGCGUUUCAAGGCCGGUUGCUUUCCAGCUCCCCAUUGAUCACAUGGCUCCCUGUGCAUUCUUCGCCGGAGGCAGUGGUAUUGCACCCUUCCGAAGUUUCUGGCAACACAGGCUUCAAACAUCAGGGUUGUCUGGAGGCCGCAAUCUGCUAUACCUCGGAGUUCAAUCUCGUGAGAGAUUCUGCUACGAAAAUGAGCUUCGGAAGUUGGUCAACAUGGGAUUUAUGGAGGUGCAUCUUGCCUUCUCCCGAGAUCCCCGUGGUUUGGCACAUGAUGAUGUACUCCGAGAUCUCGUGGAAAAGGAGACGCCGCCUCGUUAUAUCGAUUCCUUGAUCAUUGAGCAGGGAGCCACAGUCUGCGACAUGGUCAUGUCCAAGAAGCAAGGCGGUCUCGGAGGCUACCUCUACGUCUGUGGUUCAGUGUCCGUGUUUGACUCUGUUAUGAGCGGCAUCCGCAAGGCCAUGUACACAUACCGCACAGCAACCAUGGAAACGGUCGACCUCAUCAUCAACAAGGCCUUUGCAGAGCGACGGUUCAUGCUGGACGUUUUCAUGUCUCCCAAGGCCCUUCCUUGCAACCUCCCCACCAUCUCUCUCUCCAACCUGGCUCUUCAUACCGGUCAUCGCCCAGGAUCUCGGAUGUGGAUUGCUGUCCAUGGAAGCGUUUACGAUGUCACUGACUUUUGUCCUAUGCAUCCUGGAGGAACUCUCAUCAUCAAGUCUAAUGCGGGUGUUGACUGCACAAAUUCGUUUGACAACCUCGCGCACACCAACAACCCCGAGGUAUCGAGUCUCCUGACAAGGUACUUUAUCGGUCACUUGUCUCCCAAGCCCGAUUAUCAUGGAGACACGGAGCUGUCGACCCUUCAUGAUCUUUGGUCAGCUUACCUACGAGUCACCGUCGAGACUCUCGUAGCUCAUCAAUUCGAGAUGCACGAGAUUAUGGGGGCUUCUAUCGACUCACCAUCUGCUCACGACCCCAACGGUAUCACCAACAUCUGGCUUCGCGAAGGUCUUCCCAACAUCAUCGCUCUUCGAACCUUUUACGGCUAUCAAAGCCGUCUCUUGCAAGGCGGCUUCGCAGCUCUCUUCGGCCCCAAGCUAGAAGAGUUAGUCCUCCGCCUCUCUUUCAGCUUUGCCAGUGCUGGAGGACCAGGAGCGGCAUAUAAAUUGCCUGAUAUUCUUGGAACAAUUGCUCGAGCCAAGACAAGUCAAGACGCAGCUCACAGCACGAAGGAGAUCAGUUCCCUCGGAGACUUCAUCUGUGAUCCCAGCUCCGAGUUGCGCUUCCAAGAACGAGGAGUCUUUUCCUACGCCACCAAGAGCGUGCAGCUCGAUAUUGAGCUUUUGGAAAAUCUCCGACAAGAAGCUUGUAACGGUAUGGAUGCCUUUGAGAGCAUUGCCUCCGUCCUUGACUCUCCAGACAAGUUUGACGCCGAUUCCACUCCUAUCGCUGCAUUGUCCGCCUUCCUCCUGCAGACUCUUGAGAGAAUGGCACAUCGGUUGUCCAUGUUCUAUGCUCAGUUGGCUCGUCUCUCAGUUUACCAACCCGAGCUUGAGCAUAACCCUGCGCGCACGCGAUGGGCUUCUGUUCGACGAUGCAUCCGCGAUGGUACCUUUUUCGUUCUCACCCAAGCUGUCGACACUGAAGCUUUGAUGGACGGCCAGUCAAACUCAUAUUACAUGUCUGGAAAGUCAAGGCAGAAAACUCACUUCGAGAGUAUUCUAUCGCAAGUCAACGAGCGUAUCAAUUCAUCUUCUGCAGAGGAACCUUCUAAGACAGCCCAACCAACUUCAGUCAACGCGAUUCAUCACGAGAGGGGCAGGACCGUUACCAAAGAUACCACCGUCGCCUCAGCUGCAUCUCGUCUGAACGUCGGAGCGAUUGCAAGCAUGGAAAGCUUCAUGAAGAAGAACAAGACCGAAAUUCGCCGUCUUAGCACCAUGCCAAGUCCUUUCCAGCUGGAGCAUCUCCAGAAGGCACUCUCUUCGAUGAACCCCAACGCUCUGGCUUCCAGUCACGGGGUGUCCGUGGGUAAAAUGCCCGGGUACGAUAGUCUCAUGUCUCUGGCCUCUCGGACAACUGGCUCUUCUAGAAAGAGCUCAUUCAGUGCCGCUUCCAGCGCAGGCUCUCUAACGCCAUACCCCAACAUGCAAGGACCACCAACGCCACCUAGCGAUGCAAAUAUGGCGCUGCAAAUGAAGCUGGUGGGACUAAACAGAAGGCAACGCACUCAGUCCACGACGUCCAUGCACAACUUCACGUCGGCCUCUGAGGUUGCAAUGCCCUCUGAUGAUGAGUCUGACGCAGGUCUCACCGCGGCCUCGUUCGCCCAACACUCGUUCGUCAGAGACUCGUUCACCAGAGACGCGUUCGUCAGAGACUGGAUCGUCGGAGUCUCACAAGGCUGGGGACGAGAAUCCACACACUUGCUACCUAAUUUGGACUCAGUCAUAGAUCCCCUUCGGCAUGGGUCCAGUCAAAUUUCUCUCCAGGGUUUUUCAGGGUCACCCCACGAGCCCCGACAAAGACAAGAGCCUCCUAUUGAUGGAUACAACGAGCGCUUCCGUAAUCCGGAGGUGGGCCAGGCUGAGCUCAUAGGGGUCGGAUCUGUCAUACAAGGUUAUACAGGUCGCCCACUUAGAGAUGACCUGAGUGAAGCGGACAAAGAGUCGGACGAGGAUUCAUCCAGUCAGCACGGUUCAGCCGGCCCUUCUAAUUUUAAACCCUCGUUCAAUUCGCAGGUAAGGAAAUUUGUCAACGAAGGUCUACAUUCUCUGUGGGAUUCGGAGCAGGGCCGACAGAUUCAAGAGGUCACAUCAGAGAUCCUGUAUUCCCUUCCAGAUAGCAUCGAGAUUGUGGAGAAUCCAGCACGUUCCUUGACGAAAAGACUGAGAGAUUUCAUCCACAUCUGGUUUGGAAGCGAAUGGGAUUGGUCGCUUCUUGGUCCAUCGAGGAACCUACCUCUUGGAUAUACUCUAUUAGUCUGGAAAUGUGUUUGCCAAGACACUCGGAUAGUGGCCGUGCCUGAGUUGUUCGCCCAAGGGCUAGUGGAAAUCAGAAAGCCACUGAGCCAUGGCGGCAGCCCUCAAUCUCAGUCUUCCCGCAAUUUACAGCCCUAUCCUCGUCAAAGUCCUGUACCAAUGCAGCAGUCUCCUGUCAUCGCUACGGCUCCUUCAGUCGUCAUACCUAUGCCAGUGAACAUUAGACAUGUUCACUUCAUGGUCGACUCGGAUGGACUUCGUCAUCGGGCAUUCGAAUCUCAAUUUCUGUCCAACGAACAACUUUUUGACAGACUGCGCCUUGACUACCGCCAGCUAAAAGGGUGGUUUAGGACAUGGUUUGGGUUAUCAAUAUUCUCACAUUGCGAUUUUUACAGGUUCGAAAUGUGGACAUACGACCGAUUUUGCGAGAGGGAACGUGGCAUUCCUCCCCACUCGGAAGAUGGGUAUUUCUACGAGCCCAGACCCAUGGACAGUGAACCCCCGAUCUCCAAGCACGAGUUUUACGACCGUUCCUACCAAAGAGUCGCACACGAGCGGCUCAUGGCAACUCAUGGGAGUCUGUACAAUGACCAUGACGCUGUGGAUAGGAUCCCGCAGAAAGAGGGCCUCGACGACAUCGGAACUCGAGGUCGGCAACAGUUUUGGGGCAUCAUCGCCCGGGAGAAGAAGUCGGGGUUGAGGAUGUUGAUUUACAUUCUCGUUUCGUCCCUUCCUGGCCUCAUAUUUCUGUUCUUGUGGUUGUUCGUUCUGGACCAGGAUGGCCUUCAAGAUGCGUCAACCCUACUCAUCCUUUCUUUCACUUUGCUCGGCGUCGUAUACGCGGCACAACUACUUUAG